CACAACAAAGCCCUCUACCACAACAGAGUCCCCGACCACAUAACAGAGCCCCCUACCACAACAGAGCCCCCUACCACAAAAGAGCCCCCUACCACAACAGAGCCCCCUACCACAAAAGAGCCCCCCAACCACAACAAAGCCCCUACCACAACAGAGCCCCCUACCACAACAGAGGCCCCCACCACAACAGAGCCCCCUACCACAACAGAGUCUCCUACCACAACACAACCUUCUACCACAAAAGAGCUCCCCACCACAACAGAGGCACCUACCACAACACAACCUUCUACCACAAAAGAGCCCCAUACCACAACAGAGGCCCCCACCACAACAGAGCCCCCUACCACAACACAACCUUCUACCACAAAGAGCCCCCUACCACAACAGAGCCCCCUACCACAACAGAGCCCCCUACCACAACAGAGUGUCCUACCACAACAGAGCUCCCCUAACACAACAAAGCCCUCUACCACAACAGAGUCCCCGACCACAUAACAGAGCCUCUUACCACAACAGAGCCCCCUACCACAACAGAGCCCCCUACCACAACACACAUGUUAUAAACUUCAAUGUAAUCACUGCUUUCUUUAGAAUAAUAACCUACAGUUCUGAUUAAAAUAUGGCUAAUUUCAGACGUGAUACCACAAAUGUUAUUUACAAACUAUUUACAUUUAGCUGUAUUUAAAAUUAUGUUAAUAAAAAACUAUUUACUCA